AAAGGCGUCCAUAACUGAAACAGAAUCUCCUCUUCUUCUCUUCCUCUGAAUCUCACUGCGUAUUACACUUUCUUUCUCAGAUUCUGCUUCAAUUUUUGCUUCUUCCAUGGGAUUUCCGGUGGGAUACACAGAGGUUUUCUUGCCGAAGUUGUUUGUCCACACGCUAUCAUUUCUGGGUUUUAUCAGGAACCUGAUUUUCUCCCUUUUUCACUUCCUGGGUCUCUCCGAUUUCCUCGAGGCGGACGUGGCGUGGCCCGAUGUUCCGACGACCCGAAUGCCCGAUAACCCGCCAGUAUCCGCGCUCCUGAUCCGGGAAAUUCUCCCCGUGAUAAAAUUUGAGGAGCUGCUGGUGGAGAGGGACCCACCGGAGAGCUGUGCGGUUUGCCUGUCCGAGUUCGAAGCCGGAGAGGAGAUCAGGUGGUUGAGGAACUGCAGCCAUGUUUUCCACCGGCCUUGUCUGGACCGUUGGAUGGACCAUGAUCAGAAAACUUGUCCGCUUUGCAGAACCUCCUUUGUUCCUGAUGAGUUGCAGGAUGAGUUCAAUCAACGGCUCUGGGCUGCUUCCGGGGUCGAUGAUUUUUACAGCGAGUACACUUCUGUUCCCGGUCUGUAGUUUUUUGUUCCCCUUUUUUUUUUUUGUUUUGGGUUUGCCAUGGAAGAUUUUCUUGUUUUUCCAUUGUUGUGAUAUGAUGAUUAGUUGAAGUGUAUAUAUAAGACGAAAUUUGGUAACUUGCCAAUAAUAAAAAGAAAAAAGAGAGAGAGAGAGAGAGAGAGAGAGAGAGAGAGAGAGAGAGAGAGAGAAAGUUUUGCCCAUAUUGUUCUUGUUGUUCUUCAUCAAUUUACGUCUCACCAGGUUUUGUCUGCCCUGAUUUUUUUUUUUUUAGCAUUUUUCUAGGUUAUAACAUUUGUUGAUUCUGCCUUUUCUCAUCGUAUUACUUAAGUUCUGUUUUGUCUGAGAUGCAUGAGAUCAGCUGGAAACCUGGAAGUGAUUAAUUGAGUAGCAUGUGUUAAGUGCCAGCUCUGAACUUGCUGUUGUAUAAAAUUUAUAAAUUUUAAUAGAAUUUGGUGUGUUUAGAAGUAAGAGUACGCCAUGAAAGCCAUAAAUGCUCUAAUUUAAGCUAUACUACUUACUUUAUGCUAAGAUCAACCUCUAGUGUGAGGUAUAAGCAGAUCUAAGAAAAAACUUUUUAAAAC